AUGGCUCGUGAAUCAACUGUACCUUUUUUGAGGGCUUUUCCAAAAUUUCAGGUAAAUUCUGAGACAUUAAUAGGAAAAUACUUGCUUGAGCGGUCCCUAGAGGGGCAUUUGAAAUUUACCCUCUAGGGAUCACUCAAGGGAAGCUAGCUGAUAGUUUUUAAAGGGCAAUGAGGAAAAAAUUUCAUUUUAAACUUUAAAAGACCGCUAUAGAGGUCACUAAGGGGUCAGGAUUCAAGAAACUAUAGGGACCUCUUAAUUUUUAGCCCUCUAGGGGGCACUAUUUUGUCCCCUUGAGGGGCUACUUAUUUCCCUAACCCCUCUAGUGACCCCUAUGGCGUCUCUAAGUGGGACGAACUCUUUGGUUUUACAAGAUCAGCGAAACAGUGUGUGAAAAGAAGAGGUUUAGACGUCAAAGUACCUUUUUUUCUAGCUUAGUGGUGAAUGGACUAUUAUCAAAAAUUUAUUUUUUUUCGGAUUUAUUCAAAAAAAAAAAGCAUUUUUUCUUGAUUUUCAUAUCUCUAGGGUGAAUCCUAAAAAAAACUGGUGAAAAAAAUUUUUUCCAGACAGAUUCCAAGACAGGGAUGUGCCCCGACAGUUUUUCCCCUAACCGUCUGCGUCUCUUCAUAGAAAAGAGGCUUCUGCUGGUCCGCCUUUUUUCGCUCCGGCUGUGCUCGCAGUUCCGAGAAUCUCAUCGGUUUGGAGAUGUUUCUUCCUUUUUUUUUCUCAUUUCAUUUUACGGUUUCUCCUUGGUUUAUUCACUGUCCCUAGGGGUCCCUACAGGGUCCGAGGCUUGAAGUUCCUCCUCUAGAGACCCUCUUGCCUAGGGGGAUUAAUGCUUGAAAAAGUGACCACUCCAGGGUUUUUUUUUUAGUGGACCCUCUAGAAAGUUUAUUCUCAUGAAAUCUAUGAUAAGAAUCUACAUACGGAAAAUUUUAUAAAUUAGCGUUUUUUGAUGAAAAAACAUCAACAGGUCAAGAUUUAUUAAAAAUAAUUUUCAAGUCUGAAAAAAUUUUAAAAAACCCCUCUAGGGACCACUUCGCCUAUGGGCCCCUAAAGCUUGCCAAAGGGACCACUCUAGGGGUUUUAGCUAGUAGCCACUCUAGAGUUGUUCAUUGUCAGUGAAUCAACUCAAUGAAUCAGCGAAAAAAAUGUAGAUCGAUCAAAUUUUAUUAAAUAUUAUUUUCAAGCCUGAUAAAAGUUUGUAAGACCCCUCUAGGAACCACUUGAGCUUUAGGGUCUUGACGCUAAACUCCUAUAGAGAUCACCUCAAUUUUACCCCUUUAGCGAGCACUUGUCUUCCAUAAGCUGACGUUCUUUUUUCCCAAACCCCUAUAGGGGCCACUUGAGCUUCAGGAGCUUAAUGAUCAGGCGCUAAACUUCUAUAAAGAUCACUUCAAUUUUACCCCUUUAGGAGCUGCUUUUCCUCUGGCCCAUCUAGGGACCACUCUGGCGUUUAGGACCUUGAGAGCCAGACUCUGAACUCCUAUAGGGACCCCCUCAAAAUUACCGCUAUAGGGAGCACAUGCCCUCCAUGAAUUGGCGUUCUUUUUUUACAAACCUCUAAAGGGACCACUCCGGCGUCCCUAAGUUUGGUCAAUCCUUCUGAAUUUAACCCCCAUAAGGGCCCUAUAGGCAUCACUCUGGCGUUCCUAAGAGCUCCAGAUAUCUGACCCUAAUUUCAAUCUACACAGACACAAUUCAUAGGACUAGAUUCUCAAUUUCGACAUUUUCCCACAUUCAACAAAUUCUGUCUUUCCUUCGAUCCAAACAAAAAAAAACGAAGAGCCUGAACGUUCCAUUCAAAACCUCUCAAGACGAUGUGGGAACAUGGCGCGGUGGCGACAGUUUUUUCUUUUUUCUUCCCUCUCCGCCGUCUGCGUCUAUUCCUAAGAAACGGCUUCUGGUCAGCGACACCUUUUUUGUGUCGGCUCGGCUUCGAAAAUCUCAUCGAUUUGAACUCGCCAUCUUUUUCGGUUUUCCCGUCUUUUUGUCAGUUCAUAAAUGCUUGCUCUCUUGUUUCAAGGGCGCAAAACUCUUGGAUGACUGGAAAAAAAAUGAAUAGUGCUUUUAGUUUUGAGACCUUUUUUAUUUUGUUAAUGCGCCUUUAAUAACCUUUUUUGAGUUUCCACAAUUUUUGAUGAACCGGAAAAUCAAAAAUUAAAAACGGAUUUUCGUCUUGACAUACUGAUUGAACCUAAUAAUAAUGAUGUGUUUACCCAAAAAGUGAAAAGAAUAAAUAAGGUUUAGAACCGAUUCAAGGUCAGAAAAAAAGCCUCUCGAAUGACAUCACCGGAUAGGGCAUACAAUAGAUAACACAGUUGAUUAAAGUACACCGUAUGAGCAUAUUGAGAUUAUAGUAGCCGUCCAAAAAUAUGAAAAAUUUUCUUCGUUUUGAGACCAUUAACAAUUUUGCUCAUGCGCCUUUAAUAACCUUUUUUGAUUUUUUUUUUCAUAUUUUUUCGGCUCAAAAAUCUUUGGUUUUUGGGCUUGAGGGCGCAGUAGGCCUAAUACGUUUGAACAACACUGAAAACGGCUCUUCGUCUUGAAACCUAAAUAAAAUUGCUUCAUGCGCCUUCAAAAACCAGAGCAAGUUUUUGAAAGAAAAUAAUAAAAAAGAUGCGAGGGAAAAAAAAAAUGAACCCGUGGAAAUUUUUCUAGUCCAACUGUAUUUGGAAACGAUUCUAUCAAGCCUGAUUUUUCAGUUUUAUGUUUUUUGUUUCUAUUUUCUUCCUUCUCUGAAUUCCUAACCCCCAUUUUCAUCAUUUUUUUAUCUUUCAAAAAUAAAAAAAGAAAUCGAAGUUUCAGAAAAAAAUCGAAAGAAUUUAUCUAAAAAAAGAUCUUUGACGCCGAAAAAAAUGGACGAGGUAUGUUUUUUUUUUCUUUCUAAUUAAUUUAAUUAGUACGAGGAGUAUCAGAAAUAAUAUACGUUUUUUUCAUUGCAGGAGGAUCGCGAGUACAGUUCUGUAGAAGUUAUCCGCUGGGUGAGUCACUUUUUUUUUAUUUUUAGAGAAAUUCUCUGUUUUCAUACCAAUUUUAAACGUUUUGAAUAAUUCUCGAAACUUUAUAAAUUACUUUUUCAACUAAAAUCCAAUGAAAAAAGAGCAAGCCAGAGAUCAGUGAGAGCUCGGAGACGCCAGAGAAGUCCCGGCACUCUUUUUCUCUGGCGUCUCUUCUCCCUGCCUCUCUCUCUCUCUCUCUCUCUCUCUCUCUUCACACUCAUCGAGACAAUUCUGUAUUUCUCUUUCAAAUAACAUAAUUCAGAAAGUUUGCGAAGUUUUCGAGGACCAAUUCUUCGUGUUGAACACGGACGUUCAUUGGACCGAAGAAAUUAUCAAUACCACCAAUGAGGUUCUCGCGUCGAUUCACAAUGUAGGAACUUGCAGAAAUAAUUUUCAAGCGGUCUUUUUUUCAGGGAAUUCUGAAGCCAGUCACCAGUCAAAACGGCGAAGAAGUGGAAAAAAAUGUUUACUUGGUGAGAUUUUUCAGGAAAAAUAAAAAAAUAUCGUAAAAAUGAAAUGUCUCGUACGCAAACAGCGCAUUUGACGCGCCAAUCACAAUUAUUUCAUUUAUUAAGCUUUUUGAUUUUUUUUUCCUGAACUUGAAACGGCUAAAAAAAUUGGAAAAAAAUUUUUUUACCUGAUGGGAUUUUCGGAGAAAUCGAAAAAAAUUUCGGCGAUUUAAAUGUCUGGUACGCAAACAGCACAUUUGACGCGCAAAUCGCAAAUUUUUUAUCAAGCCCUUGAAUUUUUCCUGAACUUGAAACGGCAAAAAAUUGGAAAAAAACGUUUUUACUUGGUGAGAUUUUCAGAAAAAAAAAAGUGUCGGCGAUUAAAAUGUCUGGUACGCAAACAGCACAUCUGACGCAAAAAUCAAGAAUUUCGAAUUUUUUGAAUUUUUUGAAUUUAUCAAUUUUUUUGAAACAGUUUCUAAAAUAUUAUGCAGUAAGUUCCCUUUUCCAGGUCCCUUCGACGAAACUCCAAGAUCCCGAGGCGGAAAUUGUCCCGGAUUGGCGUUUUGAAACACGCUUCUCCAUCGAUGUGCCUUUCACCUCCAAAUGUAUUUAUUCUUUUGAAGUUUCCAGUCAUUGAAAGACGACUCUCGUUGGAGCAAACUUGCUCGAUUUAAAUAAUAGCACUUGAUUCAUCACAUUCCGAGGGAUUUCUGAGGGUUCCCUAUAGAGAUGUUUUGUUUUAGGGUCCACUAUAUGGUGUCCAAUUUGUUACUGGCUCUCGUUUUAAUAAAGUUUUUCCAUUUUCCAGCCCAUUUUGACUAUCUGAGCCUGAAAAUGAUCGCGAUCCAACUGUAUCCCGACCGAUGGGACUGGAAAUCUACCAAAUCUAAACAAGUGAAAAAAUUCUGCUUCAUUUGAGAUCAAAACGCGAAUUUUUUCCUUCUAGGCAGGACAGUUUCUACGAUGCUACACGGACCAACCCGACUUCAUUUUCCGGAGCAUCGAUUUUGAAAAGAUGACAUUCCCGCAAUUCCUCGAAUAUUACAAGCAACCGCUUUAUCUGGUUGGUUUUUUAAUUUUAACAAAAAGCAUAGUGGUUCAUAAAAAUCUUGCAGAAACUUUUAUGAGGUGUCUCUAGCGAAAAAGCUGGCUUCAAAACCGUUUCUGAGCCUUUUAAAGGAGCAUUGAGACCUCCAAAAAAAGGUCUCGAAGCGAAACGCCGUUAUUUUGAGAUCUAAGAUCAGGGAACAGUUUUUUUAGAGGCCACUUUAGGGUUUUAACGUUCCAGUGGCCACUAAAAUAGCCAAAAAUAAAAAGAACUUUCUAGAGGGCGAAUUAAGGGAUCCCUAUAGGGGUUUAGAAGCUAGCUCCUAAGCCUUUGAAGCUCAAGUGGGCCCUAUAGUGUUCUCUGAUUUGAAUGUUGAAAAGACGUCUAAUGACUACUAGCAUGUUCCCCUAAAGUGGGCGCUUUUGGAAGUUUUAGUGGUGGGUAAGUUGGUCCUUAAAUGGAAACUCACAAGAGCCCCUAAAGUUGUCCCUCUAAAAACUCCUCUGACCUUCCUUUCCUAAGUCGUGUUGCCCGUUACUUUUUCUCUAAGUAUAUAUCCCAUUGAUUUGUUCAUAUUAAUAUUGAUAAUAAAUAAUAACCCUUUUUUAAGAACUUCAAGAGGGUGAUAGAAAGUUUUGACGUGAAGCUGAGGAAGGUCCGAGGAACUAUGAUGACCGUAAAAUCUUCGGUAGUCGCGGCUCUCCGAAACGGAAUGUCCGAAAUGCCGAUGCAGUCAGCGGAAAUGCUCGCCGAUUUCCUGUCCAAAAAUGCUGGGCCUUUUUUGCCGAUCAACUUCGUCUGCAACAUGCUGUGCUACGUCACUCAAGAAACUAGAAAGGUUUUAUCCGUUUUUGGCACUUGGAAAUACCGAAAAAAGGGUGGGCUUGCAAGGGAACCGUUUUUAGCCCUAUUUAAGGCAUGCUGAUUCCAAAUCAAGAAUAAAACUUUUUGACUUUUGCCUCGUAGUCGAGUUAUGACGACUCAUAGUUUGCACGUGAAAAGAGUGCAGCAAUAAGGAAUAUGUCUCCCGCACGCGCCUCUAUACGACUUUGCCGCGUGGUGUGGUGGCUAGCGUGUUGCACUACGGAGCCAAUGAUCAGGGUUCGAAUCCCCUUGACGAGGACUAUUUUUGCCAUUUUUUCUUUGGUGGAAUUCUGUAAUAACUGUUGAAAUUUAGCCAACAUUUUCUUCUCAAAAUAUAAAAAGGUCCGUAAUUUGUCCUAAAACGAAUAUUUUCGUUUUUCGCUUCUUCUCAUCUUGUUUUUGGUCUUUCCAUAGCUUAAAAAAGGUCCCAUUUUUCAAAGAUUACAGUCAUUUUUUGCAGACGGAAGACUAUUCUUUCUUCCCGAUGUGCCAAACCCCAGAAAAAUACGUGGCGAAAUUAGUCGAAGAAGAGAAUUUGAGUCAAAUGCAAGCCCGUGGAUACCUGAGAAACUUCGGGCUUUUCUGUCCCUACGAGUUCGCUAUUCCGGAAAAAUUGGCCAAUACCAUCGAUCAAGAUAUAGCCUAUCAAAGAAGUACGGGAUAAGAGAAAAAAUUCAAGUUUAAUCGAAAUUUCGUUUAGAACAGAUUCCGCAUCCGCCGCCACGUUUCAAACCGUCUAUGAGGCUCAUCUACGCCUCAGAGAAAUUCAGGUAUACUAAUAAAUAGGUGAUCAAUAAUAGACCAAAAACUUUGUAGGAAAUAAAAAUUGAUCUUUCACAUAGUGUGGUUACGGUAGUUGCUUUGUACGCAGUGUGUAUCCACUCGAAACUCAUCUCACGCCAGAUUUCUUUCAAAAAAAAAUUCCUUUUGAUUGUUUUUCUCGUUGGUUUUCAAUUCUUUUAUCUAUUCUUUUUUUUUAGAUUUGACCUCAUAAAAAUAGCUCAGAAAAGUACACGCACUUGAGAAUAAAAUCCUCUUUUUUUCACGAAAUACGUUUCUCAUAAAUUUUAGAUGGUUGGAAGAAGAAGGAGAACCGGGUUCUUCAGACACGGAAGAGGAAGAUGACGAAAAGGUAAUUCAACCAAAAAAAAAUUUUUUUGGAAGUUUUGUAAUCUUUUAGGGUAAAAUGGAAAAAUGUAAGUUUUCCAGGUCAUGUCUUCGAAAGAAGUGUUGCGCACAUUAAAGGCUGACUUGAAUAAAGGAAGGUAUCGUGUAAAAGAAAGCCGACUUUUCUUGCCAAACGAUAAGGAAUUCAAUAAGGUAAGAUCCAAUGGAAAAAGAUAGUAAUUGCAGUAAAAAAAUAAAUCUCAAAAAUUGAAAAAUUGAUCCUCAAAAUAAUAAUCUAUGUGAACAUUUAUACGGUAAAAAAAGAAGAAAAAAACCGGUUUUUUUGAAUUUUUAAGUUUGCACAGCCGAAAAAAACUACCGUAAGCCUAGCUUUUUUUUAUUGCUUCCGCUUCGAGACCCCUCAAACUGCGGAAAAACACAGUUAGAUAUCAAAGGAAACUUUGCAUUAAAAAUUAAGACUCUCGCCCAAAAAAAUAAGUAGUCCCUUAAGUGGUCUUUUUAACUUUUUUUCUUCUGAUUUGAAGGAUUAAUAUUUUCUCUUCGGCUUUUCAAUUUAUCUAAAAAACUAUGAAUUUCUGUAUUUUUUCAAAGACACAAAAAGUUGUCUUUUUAUGAAUUUUUGUUCUUAUAAAGAUGUUGAAACAGAGUACAUAGAUCCGAGCUUCAAAAUUUAUUUUCAGUCACGAAAAGUCAGGAACAUCUCGAAGGGAAAGCAGGUAAACUGGAAAAAAUGUAAACAAAUAAAAAUAGAAUAAAUUUCAGAAAUGAGAGUCAAAUCCCGCCGAAAUCGGUUUCUGAGAGCUCAAUCGAGGAAUCCAGGUCAUUUUUCAUUUAUUUUCCAGUUUUAGACAGAAUUUUAGCCGUUUCUACUGGUAAAAUAUCAUUGAAAAGCCUGAAAAGGAAAUUUAUCUCAAAAAAAGAAGACGGAGUUCACGAUCAUAAAUGAAAAAUUCAAGAGAAAAGCGUUUUUUUAUUAUCGGGUUACGGUAGGUCGGAUUUCUGUAAGACGCAUAUGGAACUUUUACUAUUUAAUUUGACGCGCAUUUUUUUGGUUUUUUUAUCCAAUAUUUGCCUGGAUCCCCACCGAAAAGUAAAAAAAGAAGUAUUUUUUUAAAAAAUCUAUUUUCAAGGAAAAAAAGGAUUUUUUCGGGGUUACGGUAGGUUGAAAGUCUGUAGAGCGUGUCGGGUACUUUGAGUUUUUUAUUUGACGCGCAUUUUCCAAUUUGAUCCAAAAUUGGCCGCUUAAAUUGAUUUCGGGUAUAAAAACUAUAAUCGAUUCUUUCCGCUAUAUUUUCUUCGAAUUUUUGGAAACAGAAACACGUAGUUUUUCUUCAAGUUAAAAACAUCCAAAAAUUUAAAAAAACAAGCUCAGAAGUUGCGGAAAGUUAAAUUAUUUUAAGGUUUCUCCUAUCAUUUUUAUUUUUAGCGCGAUCGGACAAGAAGAGUUCGUGUUUGAAGUGAAAACCGUCGUUUCCGAACCAAUCCGCGAAAAAUGCUCGAUUUGUUCGGUCGUCGACAAGUUGGAGGCCGGUUUUACAAAGGUGCUUGGAAAAGGGAACAUUUCAGAAGUUGAAAUAUAUAUUCAGGUUCUCUGCAAAGGCCGCCCGCCUUGUGAGAUGGCCAUGCAUAAGUCGUGCUUGAUGAAAGCGAUGGCGGGGCAAAAUUUAAAGUCCAAGAGGGAUCUCAAAGUGAAUUUUCAUGACUGUUCUUCAAAUUCAUCAUCUACUUCCAACGUUAAUUUGUGCGCUCUAUCGAAAAUUUGACAUUAUUUAAAUGAAAAUACCUUUUAAGAGCAGAAAUUCAAUAGUCAAAAAAUCCUUUAUUUUUUAAAUAUUUUACUUAAGAAUCCCAGAGUGGUCCCCAGAGGGGUGAAGUUUAGGUGGUCCCUAUAGGGGUUCAGAAUCCGACCUCUAAGCCCUUAAAGCGUAAGUGGUCCCUUUAGGGUUCUUUCUAUUUUUUUCGUGUUUGAAUUUCCAAUAGAGUUCAUGAAAAAUUAAAGACCCUAGAGUGGCCACUUCGGCAAUUUUUUUUCCUUCUAUAGGAGAAGGUAAGAUGCUCCCUAGAGGGGAACCUCCAAGUACCCCUAAAGUUGCCCCUCUAGUGUCCACUCUGACGUUCUUAAGUAUUUCAAUUUGAAAAUCCUACCUCUGAGCUUUUGCGCUCAACGGAUAAUUAUGAAAUUUCCAAGAUUUUGACUUUUUUUCAUAAUUAUUUCUCACUUGAACUCAUACUUUAAAGGAAGCGAUUUGUCCCACCGACGGCUGUGAAGCACCUUUGGACCGCAUCACGGAUCUUCAUGCAGAUGGAUCCGAAGCAAAAGUUCGAAUUUUACAAACGUCCGAAUCUGAUUAUUCAUUUUGAAGCCUCUUCUCUGCAAUCAAUCGACUAAAGAGAAGGCUCGCGAACCGAAAAGAAAAGAUUCCAAAUCGAGAAAAUCGAAGAGGAAUGAAGACAAAAAGAAGAGGAAUCGUCUGGGUAGGGGAUUUUUUUGGAAGAAAAUAGGGAAAAACUUCAUUUUUAACGUCCAUAGGCUCAAUGACACGGCAAAAUCAACAAUAUACUGGAAAAACUCUAGGAACUACUUGGAGAGUACACUAAAGUGACCACUAGAACCACCUCUAUAGGAGCCGCUACUUUGCGUUUCAGUGGCCCCUAUUGUAUUUUAAAAGGUCUAGUUGUACUACUUAGCCUUUUAAAGAGGUUACUGAAUUUAAGCCCCUUAAGUGGUCACUGUUUCGACUACUACAGUGGUGUAACCAUUUUCUUUUUAUCAAGGUUUAGAAAAAUUACUGACUUCCAGAAUAAAACUGCAAGAUGACUUUGAGUUUUAAGGAAUUUUCAGAUUUUUCUAUCGAAAAAAAUUCUUCCCCAAACGAGAAAAUGGACCAGCUCGAAAAUGACGUCGUUGUGGAGAAUGAGCCCGAGUUGGAGCCCGAAGUUGAGUCCGAGCCUGAACCGGAGCCCAAGGUAAGAUCUGAAGAAUGCGGAAAAAGUAAAAUUUUACUCGGUUUUACUGUCAUUCUCGAAAUAUUAGAUUGAAAAAGGUUGUCCAGAUGUCUGAAUGGGUUCUUUUUCGAUGUUUCCACCUUUAAAAACUCAAAAAGGAGCACUUAAACGAAAGUUUCUGGAAAAUGAAUAUUUGCAAAAAGAGUUUGCGCUGAGUGGGGAGCGAACCUGCGACUUUCUCACCACCAUACCGCAGUCUUUCCACUGCGCCAGAUUGCCGAAGCUGUAGUCAGCCGCCGAAUCGCAAUAGGACUCCGCGCCCGCUUCUCUACUUUUGGGCGGAGCUUUUAUGAAUCAUAACUAGGCUCAAUUAGGCGCAGACUUGUUCUGCGCCAUUUGGGUUUAGGAUGAGUUUUUUUACUUUGUCUUUUGCGCGACAAUAUUUUUUUACAAACCAAAAAUGAGCAUAAUCUGGACACUGAAUUUUUCGAAUUUCGACUUUUUUUCACAGACCUGUAUGGCAAAUUUUAAGACCAGAUUCGAAAUCAGCCUGAAAAUCUACAUCUAGAUAGCAUAGUAUCUUUCAGAAGUUCCACUUUGAGCUGAACCCAAUCCCUAGUUAGAAAAUAUUUAUUCUAACUGAUCUUUUGGUUUCAGAACUUCUCCAGAUUCAAGAUUUUUAAAAAGUAAUCAAUCGAUAGUUUGAAAAAACGUUUUAAGAUCCUCAUAACGAAUCCCGACGAGGCGGGUUUGAAAACGGUUCGGCUUGAGAAAAAAGUCGACGAAGUCGUGGAAAAAUGGGCCAAAGGCGGAGGAAACCGCAAGGCGAUCUAUGUAAGAGACAAGAAAGAGCCGGUGAGUAGCAAAAAAUAUAUUUUCAGCUUUGAGGGAUACUGUAGGAGGAAAGUACGUGAACAGCAUUGAGUUGUAGCGCACAAAAUGCAUUUUAUUUCACGACCAAAUUUUUUUUUAAUUGUUUUUUUUAUAUUUUUCUUUUUAAUUGGAGAUGGUAUAUUUAUUUCAUUGCAAUCAGAAUUGAACAGAAAACUUCAAAAAAACCUCCCAAAGAUGAAUUUCGAAAAAAGAAUUUUUAGAAAACUUCGAUGAACGAAUUGCUCGGCUUUUAUCACGGCCCGUCGAAACAAGAAGAAAAUGAAACGCCUACGAAGCUCCCAGCAAAGCGAAGGUAUACUAUUUUUCUCAUAAAAGUUUCAUUUUUCUCAUAGAAGGAAAAAAAGUUCUUUUUGGAGUUCAGACCUGAAAAAAAGGAACGAGUUCCUCAAAAAAAUAUUCAGUUUUUGAAUUUUUCAAGCGUUAAAAAAAUCUUCAAACAAAUUAGAAUUCUAGUAAAUUUUUCAUAAGUAAAUAACGAAUUUAGAAAAAUUUUUCAGCGCGAAUAUUCCCACCCAACGCCGAUAA